AAUGUCAAUCGUUGGACCAAUACUGAUAUUCAAAUAUCAACUAUUUGGGUUCUUCAACCGUUCAGGUCAUAUUAUAUUUGGAUUCACAUUCGUCUCACAAAAACCUCAGACCGGCUCAUUCCCCGAAAUGUUUUAAGAACAUUGCUGUCAAUUUGUGAUUGGUUUACGAUCAUCUCUACGUGCCGUCGGGAAACUUUAUCACUAUCACCGAAACAUAACGCCCAUGAAAUUUUAUUUUCACAUCUAACAGCAAGUAAUAAUCCCAAAAAAGAGAGUAAAAAGAAAAAUGGGUUGGUGUGGAAAGACGAACCAAACGAUGCCGUGGAAUCAACCGUUCGCGACGGCGAUCGAUGCUCUACCAGAAAGGUGGUGCAAUCCAACUGUAAGACCGAAGAAGUCGAACCCGGAAAGUUCGUUCGAAAGUGCGAGAAAACCGAAAAAGUUCUCAGAGAAUGCAUUGGGAGGCCUGUUGAGGUGCUACAAUUCAACAAAGAGUAUACUGAGGAUGAUGUCACAGAGCAAGUGCUAAAAGGGAAUUUCUCGUUAGGAUCAGAUGUGGAAGGUCCAUUUGAUUUUCCCGGACUACGUAGUGACAUGGAGGCAAUUGAACGCCACUUCUUUGGUGGAGUUAACCGUUUCUUUGAUGCUGCUGAGGAGAUGCAAAAUAGUUUUUUUGAUGCUUUUGGAGAUUUUUAUUGCAGGGGAUCUUCAUCACCACCAUCAAUAAGGCGAGGAAUCCCCAUUGAAGGUCAUCCGCAGAAGGAAGCCUCUGCUAAACCUGAUGAAUCUGGGCAUCUUGAUUUGUCUGGUUUCACUAAAGAUGUUUGAAGUCUUUUCUAGGAGCCAGCUUCCUGUUUUCUUCAAUUUUCUUCUUUAGAAUAUAAUGUAGGGAAACUUGUUAUACCUAUCAGACUGAAUGCCAGCUUUUUGAAUGCUUGGUGACUAGUAUUUUGGGUUUCCGAACAUAUGUGCAUGUCAGAGAAGUGGUAUUUUGCGGUUUGCUGUUCCAUGUGUUGAUAUGGGAUCGUUUCAGAUGAUUUGUUGUGAAUUGUAUUCCUGAACUUAUAAUACUUCAAAAAUUGAAAAGACAAA